AAUUCCUGGUAUCAGAUAGAUUUGGUGGAUUAUGUAUCUCACUGGGGACUGGAAUGAUAUCUUUUCUCAUCACGUGGUACCUUAUCCCUGAGCUGUCCCAUCUUUUUCUAUCCGCUAACUUGGCUGGAAAGGAUCUGAAUAAGAGGCUUAAUGAUUAUCGAGUGCCUGAAGGAGUUGGCGUCAUAGCCGGAGCAAUAUAUCUUGUGUGUUUGUUUUGUAUGAUCCCUUUUUACGUUUUACACUCUAAAGAUGAUGCCUCUUCGACCAUGCUUACUAAUUUAUCACUAUAUCUAAGUGCGUUAUUGUCUAUCUGUUGUAUGAUCCUCUUGGGCUUUACUGACGAUGUCCUAAACUUACGAUGGAGGCACAAACUAGUCCUACCCACGAUUGCCUCACUGCCAAUCCUAAUGGUGUACUACGUGACAUAUGGAAACACUAACAUCGUCAUGCCUUUUCCUGUACCACAACUCUUCAAUGUAAAUGUCUUUGAUUUAGGUAUACUCUACUAUGUUUACAUGGGAAUGUUGGCCGUCUUUUGUACAAAUGCCAUCAACAUUCUUGCCGGUGUAAAUGGAGUGGAAUGUGGCCAGAGUAUAGUAAUAGCUAUCUCAGUAUUACUGAACUCUCUACUCAACCUGAACUCGGAGUGUUGGAAUGAACACAUGUUUUCACUGUACCUGGUGUGCCCCUUCAUCGGUGUUUCCUCAGCAGUUCUUUAUUAUAAUUGGUAUCCUUCGAAAGUAUUUGUGGGAGAUACAUUCUGUUACUUCGCUGGAAUGACAUUUGCUGCUCUUGGUAUCCUAGGACACUUCAGCAAAACAAUGCUGAUGUUCUUUAUACCCCAGAUAUUCAACUUUGUUCUGUCUGUUCCGCAGUUGUUCCACUUUAUACCAUGUCCCAGACAUCGCCUGCCGAGGUUACACUCAACUGAGGACAAAUUAGUAAUGAGUACGGUAAAGUUUAAGUACUCCGACCUUGGCAUACUGGGCCGGGUUUUCUUGUAUCUGCUGCCAAUAUUAGGUCUCUCCAAGAUUACGGUUGAGGAUGAGCACAUCACGAUGACAAACCUUACGAUACUGAACGUUAUACUUAAAGUGGUGGGGGACACUCACGAGCAGACCCUUACUGUCUACCUACUGUUACUUCAGGUUUUCUGUAGUAUGGUUGCCUUUUUGAUCAGGUAUCAGCUAGUGCAUCUCUUCUACGAUGAAUAAUUAGGAGGAGACCACGCGAUCGUAAAUUCCUGAAAUAUCUUUGAACCGGGUUACUUGGCUGGUCAGUGGUCAGAUAGUUAGGGACAGAUAGUGGAGCUUUGAUUCGCGCGGCUGACACAAAUUAUUGCUUGGGUGUCGUUAGUGUUCCGUAUAAAAUAUUCUCGUUUAAAAAAAUAAUGUGCGGAUGUAAGCACAUUUUGAUAAGAUUUUCUGUGGUUAAUAAUGGUAUUUGAUUAAUACUGACACUGUUAAACGUGAUUUUUAUUUUAGGGGUAUAAACGCAUCUAUAAUCACUAUUUAUUUAUACAGAAUGUUUUAUAUGCACAAAUUUAACAUAUCUAAUUAUAGUUAAUAUCCGCUAUCUAUUAUACACUUUUCAGUGAUAAUAGUAUUCGGAUGAAUGAUUUGGUUUAAACGGAUUUUAUAUUGUUCUGAAAUUUAAUAUUUUUAUUUUAUGAAUCGUCUACUGUAAACUCUAUUUUACUAUUUGUCGCUUAUUUGUUGUUUUGAAUUUAAAUGUAAACCAAUAAUAUGCCUAUGACGGUUAUUGGUAAUUUUCUGUGAAUAACACUUUCAUUGAUUUUGAAUGUGGUCAGGGACUUUGUUUAAUUAAAAUACCAAUUUUCCAACUGGCUGGUUGGUCCCGAUCUGAAAUCUUAAUUUUAUGUCUUCUUUUGCAAUAUUUAUAGUUUGUUAUACGCCUUAUUCAAAUUGUUAUUAUCACCUAUAGAAGAAAAAUGUGGUACAGUUUCGAUUAAAUUGUAAUUGCAUUCUUACUAGUCUUGAUUUGGGA